UUGCCUAGUUUGAAGCGCACUGACAAAAAAUGGCCGAAGUAAUUGAGCUUAGGCGUGAGCAAUCGAUCCGCGAGUACGAGUGUAUGAAACAUCUGAAGCUGUUUACGGACGACGAGAUCGGUGCGAUCAAAACGAAGCGAUUCAACCUGGAGUACAAGGUGGAGCGCAAGAAAAAGAAUUUGGCCGACUUUAUCAGCUACAUUGAGUACGAGAACAACUUUCUUAAGUUGUUGCACGAACGACGCCAAAAGUUGCACAUCAAGCACGAACGGUUGAGCCUAGAGGUUAGCGUACGCAAGCGUAUCCGAGUUUUGUACACGAGAGCCAUUACGCGAUUCCCGCAUGAGUACAGACUUUGGGUGCAUUACUUGGGGAACUGCCAAAAGCGUCGAGAAAUUGCUGCCGGUUCGCGAGCGCUUGACAAGAUGCUAAACUUCCACGGUGAGAAACCGAAGGCCUGGAUCAAUGCCAUGAACUGGGAGUAUCGCCAAGCGAAGAACAUGGCGCGCGCCAAACACUACACCUUCCGUGGCCUACAGCGUCACCCCGAGAAUUCCGACAUACACCUCACGUUCAUCGACAUGCAGAUGGCCGAGGCGUUGGCCAUCGCUAAGCAGUCCAACGAACCAGUGGAAGAGUUGAUGUCGGAGGAGAAUGUUACUCUCUGCAAAGCACUCGAUACUGCUACGCUCGUUUACGAGAACUAUGCGCACAAAGAUGUCGAUUUUUUCCGACAACUGCUAGGAAAACUGAAAAAGUAUCGGCCACUGUCGAGUCGACUGGCGCAAAGUGCGAUUCAAGAAAUGCAGACAAUUCUCGCGCAUGAUGAACAGAUGUGGAACUUACUGGCCAGUCUAGCCCUCGAAGGUAACGAUUUCCUGCUGGACAACGAUGACGAAAAGCCGCCUACAUUCAAACAGCGUUUGGACAGGUGCAUCGAUACAUUCCGCACGGCCAUCGAGAAGCUGCCGACGAAAAAAAUGUACGCACUGUACAUCGAAACGAUGUUGAAAUUGAACGACGUUGAGCAGGUAGAACAGAGAGCCACACGCAAAGCACUGGCAAAAGCCUUCCGCGAAACUCUUCUCUCCGAUCAGCUGGACGAGCAGAAGCUCGUACAAUACCUCAAACUGCUGCUCCACAAUGAGACUCCCAACGAAGAGCUCGUAAUGAAUGUGAUCGACAAAGGACUGCAACAGUGCCCGGAAUCGAUCGACUUCUGGAUCCUGUACUUGCGCUAUUUGACUCGCAAGGAGGUUGACGCCGGUCAGGUGGAACGAAUGUUCCAACAAGCUUCGAAAAGCCUACCGGACAACAUCAAUCAAUUGCCGCUUUGGAAGGCUCUCUUCCAGUACUAUCACUCGCGGCCCCACUUGCCUGGCAAAAUGGAGCAAAUGUUCCGCAGAGCGGUCCAGCAAGAGCCCUCCAUUUCGCACCACUUCCAACCACUCUAUCUCGAUUUUCUGCUGGCAACGAAAAACAGCAUUGCCGCGGUCCGGACCGAGUACCUGCGGUUGGUGAAAAAUUUUACCACCACGCUAGAGGUGCACCAGAAAAUGGCAAGUUUGGAAGCGGCCCAACCGCAACCGAAUGUCACCGAGUGGCGCAAGUGCCUCGAGCAAGCAACGCAUUUCUACGGUAAAUCCAACUCUACCGUUUGGCUGGAAUACAUCCAGUUUGAGCUCGAGCACGGGACGCCACGGAACGUGCACGCGCUCUACGAACGGGCUAAAGGCACACUGGAACCGGAAAGCUUUGCCGAUUUCCUACCGCAGUAUGAACUAUUGAAGAAUCCGCUGAUUUAGUGCCUACCCCUUUAUGCAUUUCUGCGUUACACAAUGCCGAUUGUG